AUGUGAUACAUCUUUAUAUAGACUCAUUUGACUACAAAAGGAGCCUGCCAUUAAUUAUUAAAUCAAGUUAAUUACAGUGGUUCAUAAGCAAUAUUAGCCAUUUCAAACUCUACGUCUACUUUUUUAUGUGGAUUAGGUGCAAUGAUUGCGGCCAAUUAUAAUUUGAUGUGAAAGAACAAGAGGUCAAAGUUAGAUGUGCUAAUUGAACAAAACCUGCCUUUUGAAUACAAGAACGGAUUUGGAGAGUUGUUGCUGAUACAAAAGUCAUGUAUGAUGUAUGGUUUAAUUAAAAAAUUAUAAGAAAAUAAAUUAAAACUAUAUAAAUAAUCAGAGCCACAAUUAAAAAAAAAAAAAAUUACGAUGCAUAAUAUAUGUACAUAUAUUAAGUCACUUUUCAACAUAAAAUUAUGAGUACUUGAAAUUUUUGUUUAAUAGAAUUUGAGUUGAAAUAGAAUUUCUAAUGGGAUUUUGCAAUAGAGUUUUAACUUUAAUGUAAUCUAUUGGUAAUAGAAGAGGUUGUUUCCCAAUAGAGUUUUAACUUUAAUGCAAUCUAUUAAAAGUAUACAACUUAACGUUACCUUACCUCAAUUGAAUUCGUUCUCUUUAGCCAUUAUUAUCCUACUAUAAAUACUACCCUCAACCCCAACUUUUAAACCCCAUCAAAACCUGAAUUCCCUAUGCAAAAACAUGAAGUCCAAGUUGACUCUCAAAGAUUUUGAGGGUCUCAAAGAUUCCGAGAAUUUGAAAUAUGCUGCUCUAAAUUGUGUUUCACUUAAAAGACUGCUUGUGCUUUCAAGUGUUGCUGCUGAGAGAUAUGAAGAAGAAAAGCUUAAACGAGGUCUUUCUUCUAACGUCAUUGAGGGUUGUGCUUAACAGCCUAAACAAGAGAAAGAAAAGGCCUUGAGGAAACCCAUAGUUGAAAUAGGAAAAAUGUUUGGUUCUGCUACUCAAGUUCAUAAGAUCAAUACUAGACAAGACUAUGAUCGUGUGACAACAACAGAACAAGAAAAGCUCACUCUAAUGGGUUCUUCAUUCAAGAGUAUCACUAAGAGCUGUGAAACAAUUGUGUUGUCUAAACAAGAAAGAUUGUUGAGAGAUAAGGCUUUGAAGAAACCCAUGACUGACUCGUUGUUAUGCAAAGAAAAGGGUUUUGAGAGAGAAAAAUUAAUGGGUUCUACCAUAGAAGCCAUAAGAAAGAUGGAUGAAAUAAAAAGGCAUCGACCUAUGACUAAAUUUGAUGGGGGAUUUCAUGCCAUGAAAGAGGAAAAACCCAUGAGUCCUGACUUCUUGUUUUGUCAAAGAGAAAAGGGUCUUGAGGGAGAAAAAAUAAUGGGUGCUGCCAUAAAAGCCCAAAGAAAGAUGAUCAAUGCAAAGAGAAGUAAAUUUUAUGGGGAAUGUUCAUCAAAGAUUGAGGAAAAACCCAAUAAUAGAAAGAACAAGAGGUCAAAGUCAGGUGUUCCAAUUGAACUAAACCUGCCUUUUGAAUACAAGAAUUUUAUCAAGACAGUGAAAGGAUUUGAAGAGUUGUUGCUGAUACAAAAGGCACUAUACCCAACUGACAUAGCAAAAAUGGAGAACCGUUUAUCAAUGCCUCUAGGCCAAAUUAGAGCAAAAUUUUUGAGAGAGGAAGAGAAACAAGAUCUUGAUCAACACCGAAUGGAAGUAGAAGUUCCAUUCAUUGAGCCAUCGGGUACAUUCAACAAGGCAUUUUUAAGGCAAUGGGACAUGAAAAAGGCUUCAGGUAGUAAAAGUUCAAUGUAUGUGUUGAAGAAAAAUUGGAAUGAUAUUGUCAUGGCUAAUAAGCUUAAGGAAGACGAUGUUGUACAAGUUUGGUCAUUCCGGCUUGAGAAAGAUGAUCAACUUUGUCUGGCUCUCGUUGUUGUUAGAAGUGCAGAGGCUAAUAUUAGUGAUGACAAGCAAAGCACAUAGCAGCAGCUUCUCAAAGUAUUAGGCAAGCCUAAUAAGUUUAAUUUAGUGUCUCAAAUUCUGGUUUUUCUUUUUAGGUAGUGUAGUUUCUAUGAUCUAUGGGAAGUGAGAUCUUGCAAAGUUUUUAUUUUAUUUUAUUUUUUAAGAUAUAUAGA